CUAAAAAACGCAAUUGCAAUCUGGUCAUACUACAAAGAAUUAAGACUACAAAAAGAAAGGAAUCAAACCAGUUAUGAAACCCAGCCAGAACUUAGUCCUAACAACCCUUACACUCAAGUUCAAGCUGAACCUAACUCACAACCUACAAUUCCAAAAGAGAAAGAUGCUACUUCUGCAAUGGAAAUAGUUGCUGAAGAAGAAAACCUUUCAAAACAAAAUUGCCCUGCUGAAAAAGCAAAAGAUAAUUCCUCAGAUCUGAAUCAAAAAACAAACAUCUUAUCUUCUAACUCAGAAUCUUUGGAACCAGAAAGUGAACCUGUAGCAACUACUGGACCUGGCUCCUCUUCUCACUAG